CUUGUAUAGAGCAACACUGGCCACAACAGCUGUUCUGCUGGCUUGUAUAGAGCAACACUGGCCACAACAGCUGUUUGAAUUGUUUUGGUGGGCAGCAAUAUUUUAAAUUGAAAUUAAAGCAUGGCCGAGGAACCUGAGGACCCCAGCAAGAGCUUCGUUAUCUUUGGACGCGAUGUUGCCCAGAUACCAUGCUUUCGUAACAGUUUUCUGUACGGAAUCAGCGGCGGAAUUGGCAUCGGUCUGCUGACAUUUUUGGGCACCUCCCGUACACAUCUUUCCACUCACGUGGGCUUCGGAUCCUUUUUCUGUGGCACCAUUGUGUACUGGAUGAGCUGCAGGUAUCAAUGGUCCGCCCGCCGGUUCGAGCAGCAGCAGUUACGCGAGGCCAUGCGUCGCCAGGCCCUGUACGAAGGCACAAACGUCGAACAAGAACUAGACCUUAAGUCUGCGUAGUAUUAGUAUUACAUAUUGUAAAUAUUUUACUUUUCUUACAUUUGUGUGUGUGGAUAAGGACUAUUGUACGUCUGAUCUAAUUCAGGUGAACCUUUCAUGUUUUAAAAUCAGUUUGUUACUGAACUUAAACCGAUAUAAAUAGUUUAUUUUGUAAGCGAAAUCUUACCUUAAAGUAGAACAUAUAAGAGAUUUUUUUUCUUUUGUGGAUGUAACGUACUAUACCUUGUGAAAUAUGAAAGAUGAGUGUUGUUAUAGUAAGCUUCGACCGAGGAUAAGGAGAUGACUACAUUCAUAGUAAAUUGAAUAUUCAAAGCUAUGAAAAGUAAAA